AACGUCCGGCAACGCCAGCUAAGUAGAUACCGUCUGUGGCGCCACAGCUUCAGUGUGCAGUAGUGAGGACAACUGGCUUGGACGCUUGGGAGAAAGCUUCUCAAUGGACGGACAAAUUCUCCAUAAAUCGUUUGUCAACGGUACCGGAAUAAUUAAUGUGGGAGGCUCUAUUCACCAAACAUCAAGCAGUAUUGAGGAAAUUGCAGCACAUACACCAACUGUCAUCGAGUACUCGAGUGAUACAAGCUUAGAGGACUACUCGUGUGUCAACACUUGGACUGUGAAGGGAUUGAAGAGACUGUGCGUAGGAACAAGAAUUGAGUCGGCUGUCUUAACCCAUCAGAAUUCCAGCAAAUGGUGCAUGGUCCUUACGAAGACAUCCAACGAACUUCAUUUAUGUUUUUUGCUAAAAAAGAGUGAAACUAAUAAGGUACUGAGAGCAAAGCUGAAAGCCGACGAGAUUCUCCCAAAUGGUGCAAUACGUGAAGCAUUUCCAUGCAAAUGGUAUAACUUGAAGGAAGGAGAGAAAUCAGAAACACGGGUCAUUAGGAAAACAGACACUGCUGGACAGAACUACAGUGAAAAUGAGAUAGUACUAAAGUGUGAAGUAUGCAUACAGUACAUUAUUCAGGACGAGCUGCCAGUGGCAAAUGCAGCAGAACCAAACGCUAGUAUAGUGAGGGACCUGGAUGAGAUGUUGCACAAAGCAGUCCACACAGACUUUGAGCUGCACGCAGAAGGUAAUGUUCUGAAAGUACACAGGGCCCUACUGUCAGUACGGAGCCCAUACUUUGCUGCCAUGCUGCAGCCUCACACGAAGGAAGCAAAGGAUGGUUGUGUGCAGGUGACGGAUGUGAAGCUGGAGGUACUGAAGCAGGUUCUGUUGUUUAUGUACACGGGUGUAGCUCCGGCUCUCAGCAGCGUGUCAUGGGAUCUGUUGACAGCUGCGGAUACGUACCAGCUGCAGCAGCUGAAGCGCCAGUGCGAGACCCAUAUCGCCAGCUGUUUGAAUGUGGACAACGCUGCCGCAACUGCACUCUACGCCUCUGUUUUCUCCUGCGACCUGCUGUGGGAUCGUGCUAUCCUCUUCAUCAAGCGCAACCUCUGCCGCGUGAUGCGCACCGUUGGGUGGGCUGAGACUGUAGCUGCACAUCCGGAAGUCAUACAGCGUAUCAGCGAGAUGAUGGAAUGAGUCGAUGAGAGGUAACUAAUUAUUUUCACCGCUUAUGUAAACUUUCCAUUGGUGGAAACACAGGUAUACAGGUGUAUCAUAAGUUGGGAUUAAAAUGAAUUUUUCACAGACUGCAACUGGAUGAGUUCCAAUUUUUUAUUGGGACAUAUUACAAUAAAAUAAAUAAAUAAUAAAUAAUUUGAAUACCACGUAAUUGUAUCCUGAGACAUAUUCAUUCUUACUCUUAGCUUCUGCUACACUCCUCAAGUGCUGAAUAUGUUCAGUGUAUCAUCUCUGAUUGCAAUUACACCGAAAUAAUGGUUAUAUUUCAGUAUUUAAAAUCAAAUCUGAGGACAGGAAGUACAAUAUAUUUUUUACUUGUUUUCAUGUCAUCAGUCUUCCUGAAAGUUCGUUGCAGCUUGAUGAUUUGUAUAUUCCAUUUUUUACGUGGAUUCUCCUGGACUGUAUGAUGCAGGGGAAGUACUGGUUUUCUUAAAAUUAAUUUCUUUGGAAUUCUUGUUAUUAAGAUUUGCUUAUAUAAUCUGAAUUACAAAACAUUACUUUUGACCAUUUGCCUGAAUUUUGCAUCUACAGUCAUACAACUCCAUACUAGCAGCGUGUCGUCUUUACAAUACAGGGUGUGGCAAACAUUUUGUCACAGAUAUUCAUAGACAUUAAGAGAUUAACAAAAAUAUUAUUUGAGUUUUGUGAAUGUUGUCAGUAAUCUUUAAAUCAUAUAUUUUCAAUCUACAAUAUUGUAUCUCAUUGAUCUUUGU